CAAUUAACAAAGGCAAUCUGUUUUUUCCCCUACAGAUAUACUCAUUUUCUCCAGGGACUUGAGCAAUCGACUAAACAAAAUGAAGUUUUUGUGGCUAUUAGUGGCGCUGGUCUGCGCCGUGUCUGCCGAUGAUGACGACAAAAGGGACAAUGUGGGCACUGUCAUUGGCAUCGACCUGGGGACCACUUACUCUUGCGUUGGUGUCUUCAAGAAUGGCCGUGUCGAUAUCAUUGCCAACGACCAGGGCAACCGCAUCACUCCAUCCUACGUGGCGUUCACCAGUGAGGGUGAGCGUCUGAUCGGUGAUGCCGCCAAGAACCAGCUGACCUCCAACCCAGAGAACACGGUGUUUGAUGCCAAGAGGUUGAUUGGUCGCACAUGGGCCGACUCUUCUGUCCAGCAAGACAUCAAGUACCUGCCUUUCAAGGUGAAUGACAAGAAGAGCAAGCCUCACAUCCAAGUUGACAUUGGUGGUGGUCAGAUGAAGACAUUUGCCCCAGAGGAGAUCUCUGCUAUGGUUCUGACCAAGAUGAAGGAGACCGCCGAGGCUUAUCUGGGCAAGAAGGUCACUCACGCUGUGGUCACUGUUCCGGCCUACUUCAAUGACGCCCAGCGCCAAGCCACUAAAGAUGCCGGCACCAUUGCUGGGCUCAAUGUGAUGAGGAUCAUCAAUGAGCCAACUGCUGCUGCCAUCGCUUACGGCCUGGACAAGAAGGAUGGUGAAAAGAACAUCUUGGUGUUCGACCUGGGCGGCGGCACCUUCGACGUCUCGCUGCUGACCAUCGACAAUGGUGUGUUCGAGGUGGUGGCCACCAACGGUGACACCCACCUGGGAGGGGAGGACUUUGACCAGCGUGUCAUGGAGCACUUCAUCAAGCUGUACAAAAAGAAGACUGGCAAGGACGUGCGCAAGGACAACCGUGCCGUGCAGAAGCUGCGUCGUGAGGUGGAGAAGGCCAAGCGGGCACUGUCUGCCCAGCACCAGACCCGCAUCGAGAUCGAAUCCUUCUUUGAGGGCGAGGAUUUCUCCGAGACCUUGACCCGUGCCAAGUUUGAGGAGCUCAACAUGGAUCUGUUCCGGUCCACGAUGAAGCCCGUGCAAAAGGUGCUGGAAGACUCUGACCUGAAGAAGUCCGACAUUGACGAGAUCGUCCUGGUUGGCGGCUCCACACGUAUCCCUAAAAUCCAGCAGUUGGUGAAAGAGUUUUUUAAUGGCAAAGAGCCCUCCAGAGGAAUCAACCCCGACGAGGCCGUCGCCUAUGGCGCUGCCGUACAGGCUGGCGUGCUGUCCGGAGAGGAGGAUACCGGUGAUGUGGUUCUAUUGGAUGUAUGCCCUCUUACUCUUGGCAUUGAGACUGUGGGAGGAGUCAUGACCAAGCUGAUCCCCAGGAACACCGUGGUGCCUACCAAAAAGUCUCAAAUCUUCUCCACGGCCUCGGACAACCAGCCUACUGUCACCAUCAAGGUCUAUGAAGGUGAGCGUCCCCUGACGAAGGACAACCACCUGCUGGGCACCUUUGACCUGACGGGCAUCCCCCCCGCACCACGUGGCGUGCCACAGAUCGAGGUCACCUUCGAGAUCGACGUCAAUGGCAUCCUUCGAGUCACGGCGGAGGACAAAGGCACGGGCAACAAGAACAAGAUCACCAUCACCAACGACCAGAACCGUCUGACGCCCGAGGACAUCGAGCGCAUGGUGAACGAUGCCGAGCGCUUUGCCGACGAGGACAAGAAGCUGAAGGAGCGCAUCGACGCCCGCAAUGAGCUGGAGAGCUACGCCUACUCGCUGAAGAACCAGAUCGGCGACAAGGAGAAGCUUGGCGGAAAGCUGUCCGAUGAAGACAAGGAGACCGUCGAGAAGGCCGUAGAAGAGAAGAUCGAGUGGAUGGAGUCGCACCAGGAGGCCGAUCUGGAAGAAUUCCAGGCCAAGAAGAAGGAGCUGGAAGAGGUGGUGCAGCCCAUCAUCAGCAAGCUCUAUGGCAGUGCGGGUGCCCCGCCACCAGAGGGUGCUGAAGAAAAGGAUGAGUUGUAAGCUGAUCUAGUCACUCAGUCACCUCCUUUAAAAAGAAAAAAAACCCACAUUGAUGUACAUAUUGGACCGAUGGGACUCAUUGUGAGAGGGAGGGGCGGCCAUACGGAAUCUCCGAAAGACUUUUGAAGCGAGUUUCAGUUCGUUUGGUGUUUCUCUUCGCCGGUUGGUGGAGAUAUGUCAGCCUGGAUUCUCAAGGCUCACUGCUGCUGUUCUCAGGCAGUCCUGAUGGGGAUCACGUAGUACUAGUCGUAGUAGAGGGUGGGAGGGGGGAGGGUUUGCUCUUCAUGGGUAGCCUGCUUAAUGGCUCCUCAAUGCCAAAAGUUAUUUAUUGAAUCUGGAAAGGCAGUGAAAUAAAUGUUUGAUACAAAAUAAGUUGUUUCCACUUCUAUUUUCUCUGCGAUCAGUGUCUCAUGAUGCAGUUAAUCGCAUUAUACCUCCCCCCCCCCCCCGGUUGAAUUAAAUCCCCCCCAGCAUGAUGCUGCCAUUGCCACAAUCAUGCUUCACUGUAAAUAUUUUGGGGUUCUGAGCAUUGUUAAAUAAUUUGGACUAAAACGGUUCAUUAGACUACAAUACAUUAAAAUCACGCUUUCCUAGACGAACAACCAUUUGCGCUCAGUCACACCUAAGGACAAUUUUGAAUGUUCCAUUAACCUGUCAUGCAUGUUUUUGGGAGUGUGGGAGAAAACCGGAGUACCCAGAGAAAAUCCACAGAGGCGGGGGGGAACAUGCAAACUCCACAUAGGAAGGCCGGAGCUGGAAUCGAACACUGCACUGCACGGUGAGGCCGAUGUGCUAACCAGUUGACCACUGCGCGCUCUAAAGUCUGUCCUUAAUCAAAAUAUUGAUAACUUUGAUAUUUAUGAACUAGCCGUUAAUGCAAAGGCUAGCUGUUGGACCCUAAAAGCAAAAUGUUAUUUACUGAAUAUAGUCAAUAUACUCCUGGAAAGACAUUGAAAUAAAUAUUUGAUACAAAGUCA